CCUCUUUUGAUUUCAUAGUCGAACCUCCAUCCCUGGGUAUGGAUUCCAACAGGGUUUUGCUGGAUUUUCAAAUUCCUAUCCAAGAUGCAGUUUCUACACUUCAAUUUGCGCCUCUUUCGAAUAAUCUCCUAGUUUCUUCAUGGGACUCUAUUCUUCGCUUGUAUGAUGUUGAUAAUUGUACACUGAGACUUGAACUUACAUCUGAAGCUGCGUUACUGGAUUGUUGCUUCCAGAACGAAUCAUUAGCUUUGAGCGCUGCUUCUGACGGCUGCAUAAGAAGGUACGAAUUGCAAUCAGGGAUAUUUGAGACUGUUGGAAAGCACGAUGAUAGUGUAACCCAUAUUAGAUAUUCUGAUCAAACAUGCCAAAUAGUAACAGCAGGGUUGGAUGGGAAGAUACAGUUGUGGGACACCCGUAACGAAAAAUCUCUGUCAUUUGUGAGAAAUAUGGGUUCAGAUGUGAUAUCCAUGUCUCUCUCUGGAUUUAAUUUAAUCGUGGCUUCAGGAGCAUGUGUAUAUUUAUUGGACUUACGGAACCUAGAGAAAUCAAUUCAACUGAAAGAUUCUUACAUGAAAGUUCCAGUGGCCUGUGUUAGCUCAGUUCCUUAUAGUGAAGGAGUUGCGGUUGGAUCAGUCGAUGGACGUGUAGCUCUGGAUAUUGCUUGUCUGGACCAAACAGAUGACAUUAGAUAUACUUUUAGGUGUCACCCAAAGUCAAAAGCAGCAAAAAACCAUUUGGAGUCGGUGAAUGAUAUUGUGUUUAAUCCAAUACAUCAUGGUGCCUUUGCUACGGGUGAUAAUGCAGGCUUUGUCAGCAUAUGGGAUUUCCGAAGAAAGACAAGAAUACUUGAGUUACCUAGAUUUCCAAAUAGUGUGGCUUCUUUAUCUUACAACUGCGGAGGGGAACUUUUGGCUGUUGCUUCAAGUUGUACGUACCAAGAAGCUAAUGAAAGAGAAGAGCCUCCUCAAGUGUUCUUACAUAAUGUAAUGGGGAAGUAAAAUCUCAAAUCUUUUUCUGCUUCUUCCACUGGAUAACAUAACCUACCCUAUCCUGCCUUGCUUCCCACAAAAAGGUAAUAAAUUAUUCAUAUGUUUCCAGCUUUUAAAAGGGUAUGUUUAGUUUUUAUUUUGGUCUAUAAACAUUUCCUAUUUAUUUUGUUUACAUUUGUAGAAUUUUUAAAUGUUCAAUUUUAGGCUGUUGACGUUUGUGUUAUUUUUACACAAAACUUAUCACCGUUGAGUUCCAAAGUUCUUUACAAACUAGGGAUCAAAAUUGAUGAUGGAUUUUAAUAAAAAACAUGACGAUUUGUCAAAUUCUUACAAGGUGGGAAAGGAAGCCGAAUAGCGAUGGCGUUGUAUUGCUGUCCUCCAAUUAAUAGAAUUGAUAGACACAUAGUCAAGCUUCAUUGACGUUGCAUUUUAUCUAUGUGAUGUUUUUUUUUUCUUUUAAGAUGUGGAGUUUAGAAUUGGAGAAUUGCUAAACUAGGUGUGUUAUGCUUAAUUUAUAAUAUUUAAGUCUAGAGCUUCAUUGGCGUUGUAUUA